UCACAUGUUUGUGCGCCCAGCGGCCCCCAGAUUAAAUUAUUGAACACCAGGACAAGCAGGGGGAAGUACUGGACGAGCAGAGAGAGGGACAAGCUCUGUCGGUGAAGAAACAAACUGUUUUGGGGAGGUGGAUUGGCUAUUUUGUUUGAACAUAUAUUGACCAGUAUUUUUAUUUUUUUUACUGCUCAAUAGUGGAAAUGGAAGCCUUGCCAUACGUUUUCCUCCUGGUUUGUGCCUGGUUUGUUUAUCAAGCUGAUGGACGCAAAACAUUGGGUGACAUGUUCCCCCACAAGCAUGCAGUAGGAAAGUUUCCAUUUCCAAUUCCACCAAUUCCUGGCUGGGAUCCUGACACCAAUCCAUGGGAUGAUUACCUCUACCCUCCACUAAACCCAAAGCCAAAAGAGCUCAUGCACCACAGAGGUAAACCCAAGGUUCGUCUGACCAGCGACAGUCCCGCUCUAAAUGGCUCUUGCAUCUCCUUCACUGCGAAGCUGGAGUACCCUCCAUGCCAGAAGGAGGAUGCCAAUGGGGACCUUGUAUGGGAUGAGCACUGCGAGGACGCAGCCAAUGGACAGCUCCGAUCAGGCUAUGUGUACAACUGGACUUCCUGGUUGGAUGACUAUGGCUUUGGAAAGUGUACAGACCUGAAGAAAUGCAACGUGUUCCCUGAUGGAAAGCCCUUCCCUCAGAGCAAUGACUGGAAACGCAAGAGCUAUGUCUACGUGUGGCAUGUGAUGGGCCAGUACUACGAGACAUGUGACGGUUCCUCCUCCAGUGUGACCAUCAACACCACCAACAUUCCUCUGGGUGCAGAGGUCAUGGAGGUCAUGGUCUACAGGAAACGUGAGCGCAGGAAGUACAGCCCCCUCACCACUGACAACACCGUCUUCUGUGUCACAGAUAAGAUCCCAGUGGCAGUCAACAUCUCCCAGAAGGCUGCGGUCAACCAGUCUCAGAAUGUGUUCUUUAGUGGUGAGGACGUGGUCUUCAAAGUCCAGCUCCAUGACCCCAGCGGCUACCUCAAAACCGCCGCCGCCAUCGACUACAUCUGGGACUUCAGAGAUGGCAACCAGCUGGUUACACACCGCGAAGUGACCACGCACACCUACAGCAGGCUGGGGACCAUGAGUGUGAAGCUGGUGGUGGAGGCAGCGUUCCCUAUAGAGUGUCCACCCACUGCUGCCACCCCGACUCAGAAGAGCUCCACGUCACGUCCUCCCACAGAGGCUCCCACACUUCCACCCGGUACUCAUGCUGGUACUGUCAAGAUGGAGACCACGCAGGGGCCACCCAGCACCCGCCUGCCCCUCCCGUCCUCUACCUCCUCACCCAUUGCCAUGACAUCAGGUGCGCCCACCACGGAGCCCCUUCCCCCUAUUCAUGCCAGUGCGACCCCAGAGGCCAACCCCACCACCCUGGCCUUGCUCCGAACCAGGCGUCUCAACAACAACCAGUGCUUCCGCUACACCCAUGGGACCUUCAUGGGCAACAUCACCAUUAUUGAGCCCAAGCACGCACUGAACAGUCAGCCAAACAGUCGCAUUGUGGACGUGUCGGCCUCCAGAGUGACCAACACUGACAUCAGCUUCCUGGUGAAGUGUCUGGGCAAUGUUCCCACUUCAGCCUGCACCAUUGUGUCCGACCCCAGCUGUACUCAGGUGAGUAACAUUAUGUGCGAUGAUGUGCCGCCAUCGUCAGAGUGUGAAGUGCAUCUCAGGCGAACCUUUUUGGAGCCUGGCACCUACUGUGUCAACAUCACCCUGGAGGACUCCAGCAGCCUGGCCCUAACCAGCACCACGGUCACCAUCAACAAGUCCCAGGAUAAACCUGCGUCCAAGACUUCUCACGCUGCUGAGGUGGUGCUCUCUUCUACUGCUGUGCUGGUGGCUGUCUUUGCAUUCAUUGCCUAUCUGGUCUGCAGGCGUUACAAGGUGUAUCGUCCCAUUCGUAGGUCACUGGUGGAGGAUGCCUGUGGCCAUGCUGGGGUCGGCGGUCGCAUGGUGCGUCUGAGGGAGGCACUCUUCCCCUCCAGUGAGGAGAGCCAUCACCUGCUGACUGAGAGACGCCCCCUGUAGGCUUUAUAGGGCUACACCCAAUUACUUCUGCCCUUCAUGUCAAGAAGUCUGAAGGAAAAUCACGAUUGACAUGCGCAAAUCUAAGCAUAAGUCAUAUAAUUAAGAAGUCCAGAUAGCAGAAAUACAUUCAUGUCUGUAGAGAAAUAUUAGUAAAUAAUACUGUCUUGUUUGUGUCUUAAUUUAGUUGUUAAAAGAGUGUUGGCUACAGCAAAUGGCUAAUGCUACAGCAGUAUAUGAUUGGUAAGAUGAUUUACUAAAGAGGCUGUUAAAUGUUUGAGGCACUGCUCCUUUUGAUCUUGUUCUGGUUCAUCAUUAGAUGAAGUAGUUGCUCAGAGAUGAACUGGGUUCAAGUCAUGUGUUUCUUGAUGAAAAAUGCUUUUGUGCAAAUUUUGUGCCAAGUACUGCUUUUAAAUACUUUGCCAUAUACUGUAAUAAUAAUCAAAUCCUUGAGAUGGUCCUCCAAUAUAAAGUUUAUACUACCUGUGACAUGUGCAUGCUCUUCGGCAGUUGAGUGAAUUAAAAGUAAUUUUUUAAACUGUUAGACCUAAAAACUAAUCCAAGGAAUUCACUGGAAACUUGAAAUUAGGACUCUAAUAA